AAUUUGACAGUAGUGCUUCGUGGAAGAUGCUGCCAGCUGCAAUCAAUCAAUUAAUACAGUGAGGGAGGGACCCUCUGCUUUCAAGUUGAACGCAUCUCAACAUUCCAAAACGUUCCCAACUUUCAGACCAUUCUUCUCUCUCUUUUCCUCAAUCUUAAUUUCUUGUUUGAUUUCCCAAAGAAAACAAGAGAAUAUGGCAGCAGAACUUUUUCUUACGUUUGCCAUGGAGGAGACUUUGACAAGGGUCAGUACCAUAGCUGCUGAAGGGAUCAGACUUGCUUGGGGAUUAGAGGGACAGCUGCAAAAGCUAGAAGAGUCCUUGGCCAUGAUCAAAGCUGUGCUAAAAGAUGCAGCCAGAAGGCCCGUAACAGACGAUUCUGCGAAGCUUUGGCUGGAGAAGCUACAAGAUGUAGCUUACGAUGCUGAAGAUGUUCUAGACGAGUUUGCUUAUGAGAUUCUCCGUAAAGACCAAAAGAAGGGAAAGGUACGUGACUGCUUUUCACUGCACAACCCUGUUGCAUUCCGUCUGAAUAUGGGUCGAAAAGUUAAGGAGAUCAAUGGAUCACUGGAUGGGAUUCAGAAACUUGCAACUCGCUUUGGGCUGGGAAUUGCAUCUCAACAUGUAGAGAGUGCUCCUGAAGUUAUCCGGGAUAUAGACCGAGAGACUGAUUCCUUGCUUGAAAGCUCAGAAGUUGUAGUAGGAAGAGACAAUGAUGUCUCUAAAAUCAUGGAAUUGCUGAUUGGCUCGAUCGGUCAACAAGUUCUGUCUGUUGUCCCUAUUUUUGGGAUGGCAGGUCUUGGAAAGACUACCAUAGCAAAGAAUGUUUGUCAAUUAGCAAGGGAGAAAAACCAUUUUGAUGUGAUUCUAUGGGUUUGUGUCUCUAAUGAUUUCAGUAAAAGGAGGAUAUUAGGAGAGAUGUUGCAAAAGAUUGAUAAAUCUACUGGUGGGUUGAGCAAUCUAGAUGCAAUUAUGGAAAACCUUAAGAAAAAGCUGGAAAAGAAAACACUUCUUCUUGUUCUUGACGACGUGUGGAAUGAAGACCAUGCUAAGUGGGAUGAUUUGAAGGAGCAACUGUUAAAAAUUAACAGCAAGAAUGGGAAUGCCGUUGUUGUUACAACCCGCAGUGAGACAGUAGCAGGCAUGAUGAAGACUUCUCCACGGAGUCAGCACAAGCCAGGAGAACUAACAGAUGAUGAAUGUUGGUCCAUUAUCAAGCAAAAGGUGAGCAGGGGUGGAGGAGAAACAAUACCUUCAGACUUGGAGUAUAUUGGAGAACAGAUUGCAAAGAAAUGUGGAGGGAUUCCAUUACUUGCUAAAGUUUUGGGAGGAACUCUUCACGGAAAGCAGGCACAGGAAUGGAAGUCAAUUCUAAACAGUAGAAUUUGGGAUUCUCCGGAUGGAGUUAAAGCUUUGCGCGUAUUGAGACUCAGUUUUGAUUACCUGUCAUCGCCAACACUGAAAAAAUGUUUUGCAUACUGUUCCAUUUUCCCUAAAGAUUUUGAAAUUGAAAGGGAAGAGCUGGUUCAACUAUGGAUGGCUGAAGGUUUUCUCAGGCCAUCAAAUGGGAGGAUGGAAGACGAAGGCGAGAAGUGUUUCAAUGACUUGCUUGCAAAUUCCUUUUUCCAGGAUGUUGAAAGGAAUGCGUGUGAGAUCGUAACAAGCUGCAAGAUGCAUGAUCUUGUGCAUGAUCUUGCAGUGCAGGUCUCAAAAUCAGAAGUGUUAAAUCUGGAGGAGGAUUCGGCUGUUGAUGGUGCAUCUCAUGUUCGUCAUCUAAAUCGCAUGUCUCGUGGGGAUGAUGAGGCAGCAUUAACAGCGGUUGAUGCUAGAAAAUUGCGAACUGUUUUCUCAAUGGUUGAUGUAUUGAAUGGAUCUUGGAAAUUCAAAAGCUUGAGAACUCUCAAAUUGCAAGGGUCUGGUAUCACAGAGUUACCAGAUUCGAUUUGCAAGCUGAGACAUUUGAGAUAUCUUGAUGUCUCGGAUACUGCUAUCAGAGCAUUGCCGGAACCCAUCACCAAGCUGUACCAUUUGGAAACAUUAAGAUUCACUGAUUGCAAGUCACUAGAAAAGCUUCCCAAGAAGAUGAGGAAUUUAGUGAGCUUGAGACAUCUUCAUUUUGAUGAUCUAAAGCUAGUGCCAGAUGAGGUGAGACUCUUAACACGCCUUCAAACUCUGCCUUUAUUUGCUGUGGGUCCAGAUCAUAUGGUUGAAGAGCUGGGAUGUUUGAAUGAACUAAGAGGAGAAUUGCAGAUAAGCAAGCUUGAGCAAGUGAGAGACAAAGAAGAAGCUGAGAAGGCAAAACUGCGUGAAAAAAGAAUGCACAAAUUGGUGUUUGAAUGGAGUGAUGAUGAAGGUAACAGCAGUGUCAAUAGCGAGGAUGUGCUGGAAGGCCUGCAGCCUCACCCAGAGAUAAGAAGCUUGACAAUUGAGGGUUAUGGAGGUGAAAAUUUCUCAUCAUGGAUAUUGCAACUCAAUAAUCUGAUGGUGCUGAGAUUGAAUGGCUGCAGCAAGUUGAGGCAACUCCCAACACUUGGAUGUCUUCCUCGCCUUAAGAUUCUAUAUAUGAAUGGAAUGCCUAAUGUGAAAUGUAUAGGCAAUGAGUUCUAUAGCAGCGGUGACAACGCAGCAGUACUGUUUCCAGCACUGAAAAAACUCGCUCUAUCCAGGAUGGAUGGUCUUGAAGAAUGGAUGGUACCAGGUGGAGAAGUUGUUGCAGUAUUUCCUUGUCUUGAAGAGUUGAGCAUUGAUACGUGUAGAGAGUUGAGGCAACUCCCAACACUUGGAUGUCUUCCUCGCCUUAAGAUUCUAGAGAUGAGUGGAAUGCCUAAUGUGAAAUGUAUAGGCAAUGAGUUCUAUAGCAGCGGUGACAGCGCAGAAGUAUUUCCUCGUCUUGAAAAGUUGAGCAUUGAGGAGUUUCGAAAGUUGAAAAGCAUUCCGAUAUGUCGUCUUUCAUCUCUUGUAGAAUUUGAAAUUGACGGAUGUGAUGAACUGAGAAAUUUGUCUGGUGAGUUUCAUGGCUUCACGUCUCUUCGAGUUUUAAGGAUACUGAGGUGUCCAAAGCUGGCAUCCAUUCCAAGCAUACAACACUGCACAGCUCUGGUGGAAUUGAUUAUAUGUGGCUGCCCUGAGUUGAUGUCAAUUCCUGGUGAUUUUCAAGAAUUGAAAUAUUCUUUGAAGGAAUUGGUUAUUUGGGGAUGUAAAUUGGUAGCUCUUCCAAGCGGACUGCAAUGUUGCGCAUCUCUAGAGGGAUUGCAGAUAGAGGACUGGAGCGAGCUUAUCCAUAUCAGUGAUUUGCAAGAAUUGUCUUCGCUUCAAACAUUAGUGAUUAGAGGUUGUGAUAAGCUCGUCAGUAUUGAUUGGCAUGGUUUACGGCAAUUGCAUUCUCUUGUUGUUUUAGCAAUCACCGGGUGUCCCAGUUUGAGUGAUUUCCCAGAGGAUGAUUGCUUGGGCGGCCUCACCCAACUGGAGGAUUUGAGCAUCGGUGGUUUCUCAGAGGAGAUGGAGGCUUUUCCUGCAGGAGUUUUAAACUCAAUCCAACACCUCAAUUUGAGUGGGUCCCUCAAAUCCCUAUGGAUAUUUGGAUGGGAUAAACUGAAGAGUGUACCCCACCAACUUCAACACCUCACUGCCCUUACUAGCUUGUUUUUAAGGGAUUUCAACGGGGAUGAGUUUGAGGAAGCAUUGCCAGAAUGGAUGGCCAACCUUUCUUCUCUUCGAUCUCUGUAUAUUUAUAAUUGCAAGAAUCUCAAGUAUAUGCCAAGUUCAACAGCCAUUCAACGCCUCUCCAAAUUGAAGGAAUUGCAUAUCUCGGGGAGGUGUCCGCAUCUAUCAGGAAAUUGCAGAAGGGAGGAUGGCUCUGAGUGGCCCAAGAUCUCUCAUAUCCCAACAAUCGAGAUAGAGCGUAGAUUUGUACAGGGAGGUUGGGGUUUUUAAUUUUUAUUGUUCCGUUACCUUGUAGGUAUGCGGGGAGGAGAGAGAACCAAUUAAAGAAUUCAAAAUAAUGAAAGCAGCAGCAGCAAGAAUUAGACUUCAUUCUGUUAAAAAUGGGUUAUUUUCUCAUAUCCCAGCAUUCUUUAGACAUAUUAAUCAAAAGCAAUUAUUAGAGA